GAGCAGUAGGGAGGAAGAAAAAGAGAGAGACAGAGAGACUGACUGUAUCUGGGGAUUCUGGCAAGGUGAAGAGCUGGUCUGUUUGGCAGGACCUUCCCAUCUGGGAUCCAUCUGUGUUUCCCUGGAAUGGGACAGGCAGCUCUAGUCAGUGAGAAAUCGCAGAUGUGAGAGAGCUGACACAUGUCCAGCUAAUGAAAGAAGGAGGAAGGCUGGUCUCAGAUUGGGCUUUGAAGAUUAGGAGGAGGAAAAGAAGAGCCUUUUUAUAUUUAUUUUGAAUAAAUUUGGUAUAUUAAGUAUCUGGAUUGUUAUAAUCUGGGCAUUUGAGUUGGUCCUGAGAAAAGAGUGCCAGCAAUGCCUGGAUCUCCUGUGGAAGUGAAGAUACAAUCAAGAUCCUCACCUCCCACCAUGCCACCCCUGCCACCAGUAAAUCCUGGAGGACCCAGGCCAGUGUCAUUUACUCCUACAGCAUUAAGCAAUGGCAUCAACCAUUCUCCUCCUACCCUGAAUGGUGCCCCAUCACCACCACAGAGAUUCAGCAAUGGUCCUGCCUCUUCCACAUCAUCUGCACUAACAAAUCAACAAUUGCCAGCCACUUGUGGUGCUCGGCAGCUCAGCAAAUUGAAACGCUUCCUUACCACUCUGCAACAGUUUGGCAAUGACAUCUCACCUGAGAUUGGGGAGAAGGUGCGGACUCUUGUUCUAGCACUGGUGAAUUCAACAGUAACAAUUGAAGAAUUCCAUUGCAAGCUCCAAGAGGCGACAAACUUUCCUCUUCGUCCUUUUGUGAUUCCAUUCCUCAAGGCCAAUCUGCCCCUGCUGCAGCGGGAACUGCUGCACUGCGCCCGAGCCGCCAAGCAGACCCCAUCCCAGUACCUGGCUCAGCAUGAACACCUUCUGCUCAACACAAGUAUUGCGUCGCCUGCUGAUUCUUCUGAGCUGCUCAUGGAAGUGCAUGGAAACGGAAAGAGGCCCAGUCCAGAAAGGAGGGAAGAGAACAGUUUUGAAAGAGACACAAUUCCUCCCGAGCCUCCCGCCAAGAGAGUGUGCACCAUUAGCCCUGCUCCCCGGCACAGUCCUGCCCUCCCUGUGCCCCUCAUGAAUCCUGGGGGCCAGUUCCAUCCUACUCCUCCACCUCUCCAGCACUAUACCUUAGAAGAUAUUGCAACUUCACACCUGUAUCGUGAGCCCAACAAGAUGCUAGAACACCGCGAAGUUCGUGAGAGACACCACAGUCUUAGUCUAAAUGGAGGCUAUCAAGAUGAGUUGGUAGACCACCGUUUGACAGAAAGAGAAUGGGCUGAUGAAUGGAAACAUCUUGAUCAUGCUCUGAAUUGCAUUAUGGAAAUGGUAGAGAAGACAAGGCGCUCCAUGGCAGUUCUCCGGCGCUGUCAGGAAUCUGAUCGCGAAGAACUCAACUACUGGAAAAGACGAUGUAAUGAAAACACAGAAAUGAGGAAGACAGGGAGCGAGUUGGUCUCCAGGCAGCACAGUCCUGGGAGCGCAGAUUCUCUCAGCAAUGGUAUAAAAACAGUUACUCUGGCUUCUGGAAGUACCAUGAAAAUGUCUCUAGUUUCCAGCUGUGUUCUGAAUUCGCAGCGAGAAUUCAACAGUAGGCCAGGAACAGGAUACGUACCUGUGGAGUUUUGGAAAAAAACUGAAGAAGCUGUGAAUAAGGUGAAAAUUCAGGCCAUGUCAGAAGUACAGAAAGCCGUUGCUGAGGCAGAGCAAAAAGCCUUUGAAGUGAUUGCAACGGAGAGAGCUCGGAUGGAGCAAACCAUAGCGGACGUAAAACGACAGGCUGCGGAAGAUGCCUUCCUCGUCAUAAAUGAGCAAGAAGAGUCAACAGAGAACUGCUGGAACUGUGGCCGCAAAGCCAGUGAGACCUGCAGCGGCUGCAACAUCGCACGCUACUGCGGCUCUUUCUGCCAGCACAAGGACUGGGAGCGGCACCACCGCCUCUGUGGCCAGAACCUGCACGGCCAGAGUCCCCACAGCCAGGGCCGGUCACUGCUUCCUGGAGGGAGGGGCUCGUCAGCCCGGUCCGCCGACUGCAGCGUGCCCAGCCCGGCUCUGGACAAGACCUCGGCCACCACCUCCCGCUCCUCAACGCCCGCCUCUGUGACAGCCAUCGACACCAACGGACUCUGAGCCCAGACUUCCUCCCUCUGAUGACCUCACGGCACAGCAGAACAUGGCACAGGGGGCCUGGCCGUUUGAACCAGUGCAAUUAGCUGUCGGGUCAUCAGCAAAAAGCGAAGCAGAGGCAGGAAGAGUGCAAGCCCAGCAGACACUGCUCCACGGCCUCUCCAGACACUUACCCCAGUUUCCUGUCUGCGUCCUCGGGGAAGCUAGCGUGCCGUUCUCUCUGCACACAGGCAGCUGGCCAGAGCUGCUGCCUCCUUCCUGGGCUUCCGGGUUGGUUCCUGUCCCAGCUGAAACUGGCAUGGCCGGCCCCUUUUCAGUGUAGACCACCAGCUCCCUUGCCUGCCUCUUGAGGCAGCAGAGACUGUCAAAUGUGCCCCACCAGGCUGGAGGCAGCUCGCCCCAUGCACUGCCUCCCUGCCCACCACCCUGCAGCAGAGGCCUGGAGGCUGACAGCAGGCAGUGGAGGAGAUCCCCUCUGUCGGGGUAGCUCCUUUAGCCCCGUCUCCACCCUCCGCAGAUGCCACUGAUGAGCCCCACUAGGACUUGGGCCAGCAAAAGCAGCACUCAGGACUCUCUCCUCGACCCUGCUGUUCAGACUUGUUAAGAUGAUCAGAAAUCACAGGAAAAAAAGUCACCAUUUCACUAAAAGCACCCAUAAUAAUGAAAAACAAAUAAAACUUCCUUCAAGCAUCACAGAUCAUUUUGGACAAGAUUUUCCAACCUGGCUUGCUACUUUAGUUUGGGACCUGUUUGUUUCCUCUCUCACCUGAUUUUGCUUAUGCAGAAAAUAGUUUCCAGCGCAUGGAUUGGUCUGCGGGAGAAUGAGACUCAAUUGUGGAUAGUCUGUUCUCUCUGAGCAUGUUGGCCAAACUAGUAUCGUCAAAUCAUUGAAUGGAUGAUCUGUUGGAAAUGCAGAACCCUUUGUCACCGCUUGGCUGUUUGCGCAGUCGUCUUGUUCUGUGUCCCUUUAUCUGAGGCCAUGCAUGUCCAGAUCACUGUGUGGAUUUUCUUCUCAUGGUCUGUGGGUGGCCCCUUUGAAGCUAUGGUUGUCCCAUAGGAUAUGAUUUGUUGUGGCUAGGGCUUGCCUCAGCAGUCAAGGCCUGGUCACAUCUCAGCAGCCUUCCUGGACCUGAAAGAAUUUUUCAAACCUCAUCCAUAAUGCAUAUUACGUCAACUUAUUAUCAGGCAUACAAUCUCAGUUAUCUAUUUGAUAACUUCCCUCUUUGAGCUAAGAAAAGUUCUGUGAAAGGUGACAGCCAUUUUGAGAGAGGCUCACCAAUUUUUCUUCCCAUCAUCAAGGAGUUUCCCAGAUGUUUACCACCUGUACCCCUCCUAAAAUACUAGGAACCGCCACACAUAUUUUUCCCUGCCAUUUGCGUUUUAUUGGCAGCCCAGUGAGCCUGAUGCUCUCUCUGUUCACAUCCAGGCCUCCAGCACCCUCUUGCCCCAAGGAAUCAGUUGGGGUGAGUUGGUUGGCCCUACUCCGGCUGGCCCAUGAAGCUUGGCUUUAGGUGGCUCCCUUCUGUGUGCUGACCAGAGUGAAAUCAAACGUCUCCGUCUCAUCAAGGAAAAGGGAUCGGCAUAGUAGCGUUGUCCUCACAUACACCUGUAAUUUACUGUGAGAACGUUUAAGUCCCUAAUUUAAUUUACCUAAGGAUUUUCUGUCUUACAGAGAAACUCACGCAAGGCACCUUUAAAAUACCUGGAUUUCUAUUGCAUAAAGUAAGCUAUACCCAGAGAAUGAAUGAUGCUACUUUAUUGUGGAAUUCCUUAAACUGCAGCAGUGGGUGGGGCCUCCUGACUUCCAACAGGAAUGAAAUGAGGACCCCAGGCAGGACUUGUCUGCAUUUCUUUCCAUUAAGACCUGGGAUGUCCCAUGAGAAGGUGACGGAGCCUGUAAAUCAGAGCAGGAGGUCAUCUCGUGGCGCCCGCUGGAUCUGCCCCCAGUUCUCUGUCUUCAAUGGCAAGAUGCACACCUGGGCAGGUCCUUUACAUCGUCCGUGGCCACAAGACUACCUGGGCUAGCUCACAUUUUUCCUGGAUGGAAUAAAGAGCCAAAACCAAUAGCCUCUUCAUGAGGGCUCAGUGUCAGUGUCUCUAGCCAGGGUUUCACUUCGGUGUGCAGCUCCUAGCUGACUGUCGGGGGCUGCAGCUAGGCAGCCACUAGGCUGACCGCUGACCGCUAGGUCGCAGGGUUCCUGUGGUGCUGUUCUGGACUCCUUUGCUCAUGCGCUGCCCAGAGGCCAAGCUGAAUAGCUAAGUAGUAGCUCACACUGUAGUGCAGUUCUCAGACUUCUUGCUAUUAAUUUUUGGUCACUUUCCCAUGUAGGUUGUUAGGGCAUUUCUAUAGAUGUAAGGAAUCCCGUUCUUCAUCAUCCUCCUCUCUGAAGUUUUCCUGUUCUCUGGUUGGGAAGAGGAGGGGCAUUGUCUUGGGGCAGAGCAGGGAGAGGGUUGAAGGGGUGGCAGUGAGUCUAGCUUCCCACUUGGUUUGCACUGUUCAUCCCAGCUCCCAGGUUCGGAGUACAGGUUCAGGCUUCGCACUUCCAUGUCGUUAGACUUCAAAUGUCUUGAUAUAAUCAGGCUGCUUAGAGGACCAACUUUGAUAGGUAAUAUUUGGGGGGGGGCAAAAGACCAAGAAGAUAAAAGACUGAAGGUCUCGUCAGGGCAGCCCCAGGCUCUUUUAUAUUACUGUAAAAAUGAAAAGCAAAUGUGACACGUGCCUGCCCACCCAUCAGAGCACAUCUGGAGAUCGAGGCCAGUGCUCAGCACUGCCCACUGAGGGACACUGAGGAGUGAUGGGACUUGACUGUCCUCUGUGUGCAAGGAAUGGUUGCAGAAACCAGAGAAGGUUGAGGUGGCCAAACUGGGAGCCAUCUUUAAAUGUUCUGAGGGAUACUUGAGGUCUGGAACUUCAUACCCUCCGUCCUCCUUUGGGUCCCCACCACCGGCAUCACGCCUGACUCUGUUCAGUGGUAAAAAUGGACUCUGGAAGAAGUUGGUUAAUUACACCCGCUCAGGAAUAGGCAGCCCAUCCUAUGAGUUGUGUACGUGGGACUUGCACUUUGGAGGGUGCUUGUAGCUCCGGGGGUGGACAUCUAGCAGCUGUGCUCAGGUACAGUCCUGUGACCCUGAGGUCACAGAGCCCAUGAAUCUUGGACAGUGCUGAGUCCUACAUAUCUUAGUGGAUCUGAGUCUGGAAACCAGACGCAUCUACCCAGCGCAGGUCAGUGCCGUGCUGGCUGCAGUGCGGACAUCCUUUGCCCAGUCUGGGCCUGUUCGUUCACCAGGAGCUCCUUGCUUCCUGGUGUCAGCAUGUGCUGCUUCAGCCUCUAGACAGAAAAUCUACACUGUACUCCGUGUGGCCUUGUUCCAAAGUCAGAUUGAUCCCUAGGGCUGCCAUCUGCUUGCAGAGGGUGUCGACCUUGUUCUGGUAGUCGAAGCAAGUGAAAAUGAAGGUUCAGCAGCACUAUUGGAAUUACUCAGUAGUGAGUUCUUCAGAAUGAAAGUAUAAAUAAUGACCAGGUAGCUACUUGUCCUGGAAACUGUAGAAGGGAUUACAGAUUAAAUAAAUCACUGAAAAUAGAAUACAUCUUCAAAGCCGCCUUCAGAACUGGUGUCAGAACCAGGUCAGUAGACCAAGCCAACUUAGAUCGGGGGAGGGGGGGGGGUUGGUUUGGUUUUCGGUUUUUGGUUUUGGGGGUUUUUUAAAGCUAUUUGCAGAGAACUGGGUGGUGGCAUGUUUGAACCAAAUGUAAGAAAAGCCAGAGGGACCUGGACUGUUCCAGCAUGGACCAGAGGGCCGGCUUGUGUAGGGUGGGGGUGGGGGGCUGGGUGAGCUGCUGAAUGGGGUCCUUCCAGCUCUGAGUGUCUAGUUCUUGUGAAACCAAAACAUUGAUGACCUGCCUCUGCCCAUGUGCGUCGACAUGCUCAUUUCCAAAGAUGAUGGUGCAGGUGACCUUUUCCAUCGCGAGCCAGGAGGAGGUUAGGAGGCCUGAGGGUGGACCCUGCAUCCCCCUUGCCCUCACGGCCCCAGAAAUGGCACUUGCCCUGGAGAUCCCAUCUGGUCCGGCCCACAGCUGCCCAGUGUACACUCAUGGAUGCUUAUACCAAAUAGGGCGUGUGUGGCUGGCGGCUGGCAGAGGCAGCCCCGUCCCUCCAUUGGAGUUGGCGGAGAGAAGCAGCAAUAAGCAUUAGGUGAAUGAUUGAAAGUGCUCUUUGGCUCAGCAGCCUUCCGUCCACUUUCACGGCUUUCCAAGUUCCUGAUGAAGCUACAAAAGCUCCAUCCAUAAAAGAAAGCCAGUAAUGUAAAUAAAUAGAAAACUAUGCCUCCGAGCAUGGUUUUAAGGGGGGAUGAUGAAUGUGAAAGCACCCACAGGAUGCGGUAGUCUGGUUUCUCUGUGCUUUGUCAUUUUACUCAGAUAGGAAUUUUUGUUACUUAACUCUGUGCAUAACUUAUUUAAUGUACUGUAUAAAUGAACCAAAACUGUUAAAUAUGUAUUUAGUUUGUUCUACUUAAAAGUAGUCAAUAAAAAGGCUAUAUUCCUUUUC